GAGGCCUGCGGUGCGUGCCGGGCCGCCGGGGCCGGGCUCGGCCCGCAGCCUGCGCGGCGGCGGAGGGGGAGGAGGAGAGGGGCGGCCGGCGGCUUUCGGAGCCCGCCGCUCCUCGGAGGCCCUGACGGGUUAAAUGGCGCCGUCGCUCCGGUGGCCGAAACGCCGGGGAAUAAACGCCUGGAGCUCUGCCUCUCGGCCGGAGAGUGCUUCCCCCGGCCGGGGGAACAGCGGGACUUGGGUGGCGGCUGGAAUUCGGGACCCGUUCCUCCUUACCUGACAGACUCCCGGGGUUCGCCGGGAGGUCCCCGUGCACACGUCGAGCGGUCCUGUCCUCUGGGACGCUUUUUUAAGCCAGCUUUCAGGUGAAGUUCAUCAAAGGCAACGAUGGAACGGUUUGGAGUGAAGUCUGCUCCGUCACGUAACCGCUCGAAGACUGCUUUGUAUGUAACUCCUCAGGAUCGUGUAACUGAGUUUGGCAGCGAGCUGCACGAAGAUGGAGGAAAACUCUUCUGUACUUCCUGCAAUGUGGUGCUGAAUCACGUUCGCAAGUCUGCCAUCAAUGACCACCUCAAGUCUAAAACACACACAAAGCGAAGGGCAGAAUUUGAAGAACAGAACGUCAGGAAGAAGCAAAGGACUCUGACUGCCUCCCUUCAGUGCAACAGUACUGCCCAGACAGAGAAAACCAGUGUCAUCCAGGACUUUGUGAAAAUGUGCCUGGAAGCUAAUAUUCCACUUGAGAAGGCUGAUCAUCCAUCUGUGCGAGCCUUCCUGUCCCGCUACGUCAAGAAUGGCAGUUCAAUACCUAAGUCAGACCAGCUAAGGAAAGCGUACUUGCCUGAUGGGUAUGACAAUGAGAACCAACUCAUCAAUACUGAAGACCGCUGAGAAUAAAACUCUUUUCAUCAUUGUUGUGAAGUUUUACAUAUUGAUGGUGUGGUUUAUUUUUAUAUUCAUGCAUAUAUACAGUGUUGCAUAUUGGGUUUACAAGCUAUUUUGUAUUAUUGUAGAAAUUACAAUCUAUUUGUGAACUUAAUGGUAUGCCACAGACUGUUGCUAUCCCUGCUGUAGACUUCAGAGCUCAAGAUGAACGUAGGGAACAUACCUGGCAUACACCAUAUCUAUGUUCAGUCCGGCUGUAACUGAUGCUAAGAAAAAAGCACUUGGAUGGAGGACCUCACUUACCUGAACAGUUCAGCUGCAUCUAAACAUAGGUGGAAGAAAGUGCGAUAGGGAUUGUACAUCAUGGCAGUGGAUUGCUUUUUCCUGUAUCCUGUCCACGAGUGGCCGAGGAGAAGUGCUGCGUAUUUGAGAUGCAAGAAGCUGUAGAAUGGUUAGUUAAAAUAUGACUGUUCUGUUGGGGAAGAAUUUAUUGCAAAUUCCCAUUCAAGUUUGGUUUAUGUUUUAUAAUGGGAAGUGUUUUUCCUCUAGAAUACUCUUAUCCUUUUGGGUGCAACUGUGGGUGUUUCCUUUUUCUAGCUUAAGUAGACAGUCUCUUGAAUUGACCUCUGGACUCCACUAUUCCCACAGAGCUAGGAGUUCUGCAGGUUUACCAUGCCUGCUUUUUAAAAAUAACUGUUUCAUUGUCUUUGUCUACCAUGUCCCCUUCAGUUUCAGUGCCAGUCUGUCUUUGAGAGUUGAGUGGACAAACCAGUAACCACGUGUGGUAUGCAGCUCAGCUAUUGGAAAGUGAAACUUACACUGGACCAAGAUCUUAGUAGAGAGGAUUAAUGCCUUUUUUUACUAGCAGGACAAAGGAUGUUAAAUCAAAAUUGGUGGAGGGAGAAGGCACUAAAUUGUUGAGAAAGCUUUUUUACAAUGCACAGGAGAAGAGGCUCCUCCAUCUUUCUCUGAAAGUUCUUUACAUCUCUGGCCCUGUCCUCAGCUUUUUAGUCAAAUGAGGUAAAGUGAUUAAAAUAGUUUCCAAAAUAGUUACUGCAAAGGCUGUUCAAUACCUUUAAGUGCAAAUAGGAAAGCAUGUAUACUUUGAAGCUAUACUGGAAUUACAGACCUGGGCUGUAUUUUUUACUCCAUGCCAAUGCCACAUCUAUUGGACUGGCAAAAGGUAAAAUGGGGAAUUGAAGAAUUUCAAUCAUGUUACCCUCUCUGAAAUCGAGUAAAAUAUUUCUGAGCUAUUCCAGAUUAUUAUGCCAAAUAGCCCACUUGAUAAAAGUACUCUAUGAAGUUUUUGAAUGGAAUGACAGGGCACUGUGCAAAAUGCUGGAAUACGACCAGCUUCUGCCUGCACUAGAUUUCCUUGAGAUGCUCUAGAUUCAGGGUGGUGCCAAAGCAUCUUCUAGCAGGGCAGAAAUUCUUCACACAGUGGGCACAGUGGUGCAAGUGUGCUUUAACUCCCUCAGGUGGAGCCUGUUGUUCUGUACAGCUUCCUUUGCCCAGUCCAGUUUCAGGGUAUCUGAUUUGAAGUUUGUUUUUUUUUCCCUGUUAUUUAGAGCAAUACUAAGUAAUUGCUGAAAAGAGACAAAAUAACCUGCUUAUGUUGUUUCUGUGGCUAUUUCAAGAGCUGUCUCUUUUUCUGGAACGAGAGAGACUUACAUACAUAAUAACAACUGGUUCUUGUGCCAUUAUCCUCUACGGAAAUGCACUUGUGUUACACUAUAACUGUCUUGUAGCCGCCUGCUAUGAGACCUCUUUGAAUAAGUGGAAAGAAUUAAAAGGCAAAGGCUGCGCAGCCAUGUGUACCAGCACACGGAUUCUCAGUACACUGCUGCACCUUCAGUCCCUGAUGAAGGCAGUGGGACUCCAUGCAGUCAUAGCAAUCCUGUCAAUGAUGUUGGUUCAGACGGAAAUAACAGUAAGAAUUUCUUUUCUCUAAUCCUAGAUAUCAAAAUAUGCCUUCCAAAAUACUGUUUGCUAUUGCACAAGUGUGGGUGUAACUUAAGAUCAUUACCUGCUUUGGGCUAGAACUGUUUUAUAAAACUUUUUAAGCCAAGUGAAAGGUACACUGCCAAUAACCUUUUCUGUCCUGACAAUAACUGAAAGUGUUCUUUUUACAGCUGCUGUGUUGGUACAGUGAAACAACAUUCUUGCUUACAUUUUUUUAUUGUUCUUUUUUACUUCAUGAAUGCUAUCUUAGAACUGAAGCAAAUAGAAAACAAUGGAGCAUUGAGAAAACAGGCUUCCGUUAAACAAAAGCAUCUAGAGAAGACAGUAUGCUUAAAAGGUAUGAAUUUGGGCUAGUUAGCUCAGUUCUUGCUUACAUGAAAUUUCACAGGCUGCACCCCAUAGCCAUUUUGUAUAGGAUUCCAUGCUGUAUGUUUUUUGUUUGACUGGCAAACUGACAGGCAUUUUGAAAAGAAUAGUAACAUUAAAUAGGCACUUGCACAACUUAAACAAAUUAAGUAACUUACACUUAUCCAGUUUUACAUAAAAAUAAAAGUUAGCAACAACAGCUUUUGUUAAAAAAGAAAAGCAGUCAUUUUCAAUAUGGCAAAGCAAAAUUAGAACACUUAUUUUUUCAAAAGCUUACUCGACUUAUAAAGCAGUGUGUACACAAAGUCUCAAUCUACAUAAUUAAUACAGUUCUGUAAGUAUUUUUGGUAAUUAUUCUAGUAUGAAUUUAUUUUAAUGCAGAAUUCCUGCAGAGGCUAUGAGCCUGGAGAGGAACCUUAAGGAAGUAACCAUAGCCUACCAACUCAACAAUUUGGAAGCAAAAAUCGAUCAUCAGGAUUUUGAAUGGAACUGACUAAAUUCCAAUGCACAGCAGUUUGUAGGACACUGGUGUCUUAAUAAUAGGACAUUUUUAUUAAAAAAAAGGCCACAACAUUUUUCAAGCUUUUUGAAAAAUCAGGAUCCUGACCCAGUGCAACAAACAUUUAUAUUGGAGUAAAACAGUGAAAAACAAAGCACUUCAAAGUAAUCUAGAAAGAAUAGUGAAUAAGUAAGUUUAUAUUUGUGGACAUAAUCCACAUAAUCAACAAGACAGUUACACUUAUUUUCUUUGAAAGUAAAAAUGGUUCCACUCAGUCUUGGAACAGAGUCCUGCAAACACUUAAGUUCAGAGCAUAAUUUGCCAGUAUGGCUAUAGUUGAAUAAAUUAUAACCUUGGUUUAAUUGCUAUUGAUCUUAGGGAAGAUUUACAGCAAAAGUGUUUUUGGUAUAUCUAUACCUAAGUAAUAACCAAUUCUGCUGUGGAUAAGUUGUUUAACAGCCUCCACACAGCUUUCCUUUUUUUCUGCAAGAGUGCAGCAUAAUUUUUCCCAUGUAUUUCUUGUAAAGAGUACUCUCAGAAUUAAAGGGAGGAUGGUAACAAUGUUUGCUUUUAAUUUUACAUAUAUAUAUAUAAAGAGAAGCUAUGAGGGAUGCUUUUUGCCAGGUGGUUUUAUUAAUGUUUGAAGCUCUGAAUGUAAUAUUAAAAAAAGAAAAGAAAAGAAAAGAAAAAAGAUAACUAUUUUCUUCUCUGACCAUGUACUUAUAUUAGUUUAACCAACUCACAGCUAAAAUUGCUCCAAACUGGUUUUCUUGGAACAACACUUUCAAACAUUAAAAUGCAACCGGGAAUAUUCUCUGGUUUGUGAAUACAUGUAUGCACCAUGUUAGUUUAAGCUUGCAUGUUCCUGAAAAAAACUGAGCAAGUUCUAAUAUUUUUAAGUAUUUUGAAGCCUGUAAUUUGGCAGGUCCCUAGAGGAGGUGAAGCAUUUGCCAUAAUGAAAGGGAAAGCUGUUUUUCAAUUGAGAGAGAAACUUGGUUCUGCAAAGUAUGGGAUAUUCUCAUGAUAGAAGGACUAUUUUUAGGCAGACCCCCUUUUAGCAAUUGUGUUGAACUGAACAGUGAAAUGCUCCCUGCUAGGUUUUGCAGCAUGAGCUGGUUUUCAGGGGGGAGGAGUUAAAAAAAAAAAAAAAGCUGGAAGUUUGGCAAGGAUAAUCUCUAUUUAUAUUUACAUAUAAAGAGAGCCAAGACUCACUGUUGUUGUGUUCACAUUGUACUCACUGCUAACUUUGUGUAAUCUGAGUGGUUGUUGUCUUUGUACAAUUUUAAGGUUGUGUCUAACUUUCAGAAUAAAUUUUUAUUAACAAA